AUGUCGAACAAUGCUACAUACGCAGUGACACCGGUGAAAACAACCUCCACAUCAUCCAAAACCACAUUCCAUUUCGUCGCUGGUCUCUGCUCCGGCUUAACCUCCUCCAUCCUUCUACAACCCGCAGAUCUCCUCAAGACCCGCGUACAACAGUCUCAGAAAACCGCUUCUCUCCUACCUACUAUCAAGACGAUUCUCUCCUCUCCUAAUCCCAUCCGCGGUCUAUGGCGUGGUACACUUCCUUCAGCCCUUCGAACGGGCUUUGGCUCAGCUCUAUAUUUCACCAGUCUGAAUGCCUUACGCCAAGGCUUAGCGCAGACGGAGGCUUCCAUGGCCGUCGCCGCAUCAAGCGAUGAUGGAAAAUCUCGUACUUCGUCGUCUGCGCUACCCAAGUUGUCUAACUGGGGCAACCUAGCCACCGGCGCCGUUGCACGGACAGCUGCGGGUUUCGUGAUGAUGCCGGUCACCGUGCUCAAGGUACGCUAUGAAUCCGAUUAUUAUGCGUAUCGCAGUCUCUACAGUGCGGGGCGCGAUAUCGUCCGUACAGAGGGCGUACGGGGCCUAUUUUCAGGAUUCGGGGCGACUGCCGCGCGGGAUGCCCCGUAUGCAGGACUCUAUGUUCUUUUCUACGAGCAAUUGAAACGACGUCUAGCCUCGGUUGCAAGCUCAGAGCAGUCAGAGCAGCCACACAAAUCGGCUUCGUCUUCAUCCAUCAACUUUGUGUCUGGUGGAUUGGCCGCUGGCCUGGCCACGGCGAUCACCAACCCUUUCGAUGCCGUCAAGACCCGUCUGCAGCUCAUGCCUGGCAAGUACGGGAACAUGAUACGUGCUGUCCGGUUGAUGAUCCGCGAGGAUGGCAUCCGAAGUCUCUUUGGCGGUUUGGGGCUUCGCAUUACGAGAAAGGCACUCAGCUCAGCACUUGCCUGGACUGUCUAUGAAGAACUGAUUCUGCGGGCUGAGGCUCACUGGGCUGAAAAGGACAAGAUCAACUUAUGA